UGUGUCGCAGCCUGCUUGAUUUGGUUUCUGCCUGAGUAACCUCCAUUGCACUCCUCUCUUGGAGCGUACGCCCGAACGGCACAGCCCACGCACACAUUGUGACGACCUUUCUUGUCCUGUGAAGAGUCGCCUGAAUUGCGCUUGCUUCAUUUUUGUGAAAGUCAACGAUUGUAACAGUCGGAAAAACAAUCGCCCCAACCGUGAAAAACUCCCUCGAACGCAUCCUGCUUGGUUCGAAGACGUCGACAACAGUAGAGCCGACACCUUUUAUCGAAUUAUAGAGAGAAUCCUGUUUGGAGCAUUCGGGGAGAGUUUCUCUUCACCGUUGAAGUGCCUGUCUUCUACUCAAGACAAGGGACUCCACGGCCCAAAAGGAGCGUUUGGGACAAUUGUUAGAGCGGGUCCAAUUUUGCAAUAGGAGUACUACAGGGGAUUUCCGUGCCACUUCCCCAUUGUGGUGCGCCUAGCGAGUGCAAUAGCCUCGACAGCCGGAGUCUAGCUGUCUUCUCGGCCUAUACUUGAAUUGCUGGAUACCCCUUCCUUACGCACAUCGACACUAUAAAUCACAAAUAUCACCACAAUCACCAUGAUCGAAUCUGUUGUAGGGCGGAUCAUCUUUUUCGCAACCCUAGUAGAAGCCAUUAUCAUCAUCGCUCUCGAAUCCAUUGUCGCAGCCAUCUUUUGGAAAUAUUUUGAUCCUGUGAAUGGAAGAGAAGGGCCAACAAGAGGGAUACCAGUAUAUUUAAUCAUCUUCAUUAUUGGGCAAUUAUUCCAGAUAUAUUUGUGCUGGGAUGCAGUAUUGCACAAAAAUACUAUUCAAAUUGUCGCCUUUGUCAUGUUCAACCUCUGCGUCUGUCUUUACUCCAUCUUUCAGUAUACCCAAAUGAUUGGGUUGGUGGAGGACAAUUCGGAACAGGUUCCCUUCACGCAUUCAGAUCAGGAAACUUUAAAAGCGGUCCUGCUGGCGAUUCCAAUCAUUUUGGGCGCUUUUGGAGUUCUAUUUGCGAUAUGUGCAUGGAAGCUUUAUCUUGAGUUUGGAUGGAAGAUAUAUAAGAAGAUUGGGGCUGAUCCUAAAAUGAGAAAUAUGUACCGCAGCUACCAGUUUUUCAUCAUGCUACUCAAGCUGGACGUCUUUUUCGUCCUCGGAUUUGGCAUUCAGUUUCUUGUUCUGGUUAUUCAGAAGAACGACCCAGAAUUUGCGCUGACGAUAGCAGCACUGCCUAUAAUGAUGUUGGUUCUCGUUUUAGCCGUAUACGGGCUAAAACGGGAAGAUAAAUGGAUAAUGGGGCUAUUUUGUUGUGGGGUUGUCCUCGCGAUGUCGUACUUUGUCUUCAAACUUGUGAGGAUUUACAUGAGGAAGAAUGAGCCGCAGUAUAGUGAUACGAAACACUAUUUGACUUUCUUUGCAUGCUUGAGUUUAGCGGUCAUGAUAAUGACUUUCGUAAAUGCCAUUGUAUGUUACCGAAAUUUUGGAAAAGGACUAAAAGAGCAUAUCCACGACUCGCGACGACAACGAGACGAGGCAGAAUUCGCUGCCGUCUCUGCGACACGGAAGCCCUUGGAGGAUUAACGCUGAAGGGCUGGUACGGAUGAGAAGGAUCCAGAACAAUUCUGUCGGUCUUUCUCAGUUUCUGGGAGAUGUACUUACGGAUAUCUGUAUGGGAUGUUGAGCCGGCGGGCUGUUGUACAUUUUUUCAUUGGACCUUUGGGUGCUCGGUCUUUGUCUCCUGAGAAAUGGUUUCCCCAUGUUUUUAAUAAUAGAAUAACCCCUGCUUCUCUUAAUCAGCA